CAACGACGACCCUCGAAACCCAAGCCCCUUGCACAAACGAUGGCCAAUGAAGACAGAACCUCAGUUUUGGUCUCGACCUUUCCUCCUUUCCCAACUCUGAACCUGUUGGUGCCGUCGUCGACACCAGUUUCGUCGGUGUAUUCUUUACUGGUCGACCGAUAUCCUUCCCUUCCUCAUGAACUGGCUUCGACGUUGCUCAUCACUACCCAGACUGGGUAUGCCCCGGACGAUGAAACCACACUAUCCACGCUAUGCUCUGAAGAUAGCAACUUGGUGACCUUACGCCUGGCACCACGGAUAUUGGGAGGAAAAGGAGGUUUUGGUAGUCAACUGCGUGCUGCAGGCGGUCGGAUGAGCAGCCAGAAGACCAACAAUAAUGAUUCAUGCCGUGACCUAUCUGGAAGGCGAUUGAGCACAAUUCGGGAGGCAAAGAAGCUUGCAGAGUACCUGGAAUCUGAACCAGAGCGUUUGGCUGCAAAGGCGGAGGCACAAAAGGCUAAGCUUGAGGCUUUGGAACGCAAGCUCGGUAUCGACCCGAAUGCAAAGCCCGGAGAAUCCAGCAACAUCCCUCCCGAGAUCUUGGCCGGCAAGAAGCACAAAUUGGACAGUGAAUACGUUGAACAAACCAAGGAGCUGUCUGAGAACGUCAAGAGUGCAGUCUCCGCUGCGUUCUUGAAGAAGAGGAAGAAGGCAAAGACGAGCCAUAGCCCCUCCGAGGGUACCACUCCCAAACCAGACGCUGCAAAGAAGGAUGCCAAGGCUGAAGAGGCCACUCCGGCAACAGCUACACCCACUUUGGAGGAGAAGGCGAAAGAGGUCCCUCCAGCGGUUGUGGCGACUCCUUUGGACGCCAUCGGCGCUUAAAUACCUCUGGUUAACAUGCAUGACCCCGUUUCCUGUAUAAUUAUUGAUUCCACCUGUAUUCCAAGGCGUCAAUUUCUUU